CACCAAGAGUGGAGUUAUAAAAUUCACUUACUUGUUCUGGUGGGACACCAGAGAGGAAAUUAGACUUUGUAACUGAUUCCCUAGGGGAAGAGGACAAAUGAAUUCCUGAAAACUUCGGUGGCAGUGUUUGGCACCAGCUCUUUCCCUUUCUUUUCUGAGCCGUCUAAGAGGACAUGAUCACCUUCUUUGAUCCAUCAAAGAACUUUGAACAUGUAUUACUACUUUGCCUUGUAGUGUUAUUACUUGUUGACUUUUCUUAUCUCAAGUGGCUGACCCAUUCCAUUUUGAUUCUAUAAGUACUCCUAAGGGCAAUACCUCUGGAGUAACAGUGUUUGCCUUGAGGAUUCAGAAAGUUGGGAGCUCCUGUCAUCAUGGCGAACCUUCUAAAAACAGUGGUGACUGGCUGUUCAUGUCCUUUACUUAGCAAUUUGGGGUCCUAUAAGGUUCUACCUGGGAAGAAGGAUGUUUUACGAACAUUUCAUACUCAUCAGGCACUGUGGUGUAAAGCCCCUGAGAAACCAGGAAUUCCAUAUAAGCAACUGACUGUUGGAGUCCCCAAGGAGGUUUUCCAAAAUGAGAAGCGAGUGGCAUUGUCUCCUGCUGGUGUCCAGGCCUUGGUCAAGCAGGGUUUUAAUGUUGUCGUGGAAUCAGGUGCUGGCGAGGCUUCCAAGUUUUCAGAUGAUCACUACAGAGCAGCAGGUGCCCAAAUCCAAGGGGCGAAGGAAGUUCUGGCUUCUGAUUUGGUGGUCAAAGUACGAGCCCCCAUGGUUAAUCCAACAUUAGGUGUUCAUGAAGCUGACCUUUUAAAGACAUCGGGAACACUGAUUAGUUUUAUUUACCCAGCCCAAAAUCCAGACUUGCUAAAUAAACUUUCCAAAAGAAAAUCUACAGUUUUGGCAAUGGACCAAGUUCCAAGAGUCACAAUUGCUCAGGGAUAUGAUGCACUAAGCUCUAUGGCCAACAUUGCAGGGUAUAAGGCUGUUGUCCUAGCUGCAAAUCAUUUUGGACGAUUUUUCACUGGUCAGAUCACAGCUGCUGGGAAAGUUCCUCCAGCUAAGAUUCUGAUAGUUGGUGGUGGUGUUGCUGGGCUUGCUUCUGCAGGUGCAGCAAAGUCGAUGGGUGCAAUUGUUCGAGGAUUUGAUACAAGAGCUGCAGCUUUGGAACAGUUCAAGUCUCUUGGUGCUGAGCCCUUGGAGGUGGACUUGAAGGAAUCGGGUGAGGGACAGGGAGGAUAUGCAAAAGAGAUGUCCAAAGAGUUCAUUGAAGCCGAAAUGAAGCUCUUUGCCCAGCAGUGCAAGGAGGUGGACAUCCUUAUCAGCACAGCACUUAUCCCAGGUAAAAAAGCUCCUGUUUUAUUUAGUAAAGAAAUGAUUGAGUCAAUGAAGGAAGGUUCAGUUGUUGUGGAUCUAGCUGCAGAAGCUGGCGGAAACUUUGAAACCACUAAGCCAGGAGAACUUUAUAUUCAUAAGGGAGUCACUCAUAUAGGCUACACAGACCUUCCCAGCCGGAUGGCCACCCAGGCCAGUACUCUGUACUCCAACAAUAUUACCAAGCUCCUGAAGGCCAUCAGCCCUGAUAAAGAUAAUUUUUAUUUUGAAGUGAAAGAUGAUUUUGACUUUGGUACAAUGGGUCAUGUCAUUAGAGGAACUGUAGUGAUGAAGGAUGGUGAAGUGAUUUUCCCUGCUCCCACACCGAAAAAUAUUCCUCAAGGUGCCCCAGUAAAACAGAAGACAGUGGCUGAGCUAGAAGCUGAAAAGGCAGCUACUGUUACACCGUUCAGGAGGACCAUGGCCACAGCUUCUGCCUACACAGCAGGUCUCACUGGGAUGCUGGGUUUGGGCAUUGUGGCUCCCAAUCUAGCCUUUUCUCAGAUGGUGACCACUUUUGGCUUGGCCGGUAUCGUGGGGUACCACACCGUCUGGGGAGUGACUCCUGCUCUCCACUCACCACUGAUGUCUGUGACUAAUGCAAUCUCAGGUUUGACAGCAGUUGGUGGAUUGGCACUGAUGGGGGGACAUUUGUAUCCUUCCACAACUUCUCAGGGUCUUGCUGCUCUUGCUACAUUCAUCUCCUCAGUCAACAUUGCAGGUGGCUUUCUGGUGACUCAGAGAAUGCUGGACAUGUUCAAGCGUCCCACGGAUCCCCCAGAAUAUAAUUACCUGUAUCUGCUCCCUGCUGGCACCUUCGUGGGUGGAUAUUUAGCUGCCCUUUAUAGUGGCUAUAACAUUGAACAAAUCAUGUACCUAGGCUCGGGCUUGUGCUGUGUUGGUGCCCUGGCUGGCCUUUCCACCCAGGGAACAGCUCGUCUUGGCAAUGCAUUGGGUAUGAUUGGGGUUGCUGGAGGCCUGGCAGCCACACUUGGAGGCUUAAAACCGGACCCAGAAUUGUUAGCUCAGAUGUCUGGAGCAAUGGCUUUGGGCGGUACCAUUGGAUUGACAAUUGCCAAACGCAUCCAGAUUUCCGAUUUACCUCAGUUAGUUGCUGCUUUCCACAGUUUAGUGGGCUUGGCGGCCGUGUUGACUUGCAUAGCUGAGUACGUUGUGGAAUAUCCACAUUUUGCUAUGGACGCAGCAGCAAAUCUCACCAAGAUCGUGGCCUACCUUGGCACUUACAUUGGCGGUGUCACCUUCAGCGGGUCACUUGUGGCCUAUGGGAAAUUACAGGGUAUCCUGAAAUCAGCCCCUCUCCUUCUACCUGGAAGGCACUUACUCAAUGCAGGCUUGCUGGCUGCUAGUGUCGGUGGAAUAAUCCCAUAUAUGAUUGACCCCAGCUUUACCACUGGCAUUACCUGUCUGGGCUCCGUGUCAGCUCUUUCUGCUAUCAUGGGUGUGACCCUGACGGCUGCCAUCGGGGGUGCUGACAUGCCCGUUGUCAUCACUGUGCUGAACAGCUACUCAGGCUGGGCUCUGUGUGCUGAGGGAUUCCUGCUCAACAAUAACCUGCUUACCAUCGUGGGCGCGCUCAUCGGAUCCUCUGGGGCUAUCCUGUCGUACAUCAUGUGUGUGGCAAUGAAUCGCUCCCUGGCUAAUGUGAUUCUUGGAGGCUAUGGUACCACUUCAACAGCUGGUGGGAAACCCAUGGAAAUUUCUGGCACACAUACAGAAAUCAACCUUGACAAUGCCAUCGACAUGAUUCGAGAAGCUAAUAGCAUUAUCAUUACUCCAGGAUAUGGUCUCUGUGCAGCCAAAGCUCAGUACCCCAUUGCUGAUUUGGUAAAGAUGCUCACGGAGCAAGGCAAAAAAGUCAGGUUUGGAAUUCACCCAGUUGCAGGCCGAAUGCCUGGUCAGCUUAAUGUGCUGCUGGCUGAGGCUGGGGUGCCAUAUGAUAUUGUGUUGGAAAUGGAUGAGAUCAACCAUGAUUUCCCAGACACUGAUUUGGUCCUUGUAAUUGGAGCUAAUGACACUGUUAAUUCAGCAGCUCAGGAAGAUCCCAACUCUAUUAUUGCAGGCAUGCCAGUCCUUGAGGUCUGGAAAUCAAAGCAGGUCAUUGUCAUGAAGAGGUCUCUGGGUGUUGGCUACGCUGCAGUGGACAAUCCAAUCUUCUACAAACCCAACACAGCCAUGCUUCUAGGUGAUGCCAAGAAGACAUGUGAUGCGCUGCAGGCAAAAGUUAGAGAAUCCUACCAGAAGUAAAUAUCAAAGCCCAAGUCAGUAUCUGAUGAGGUUGCUGCUUCAAGCUAAAGGAACAGUCAGAAAACAUCAGUGUUUGUGGCUGAUCCACAUCUGUAGCAAAGCUCUUGGAAGAAAAGGAACACUGAAUAAAGCCAAGAAGAUAGAGGGAUAUUUUUCAAGAGCAGUGAUCCUUCAAUUUUAUAAAAAAGAUUGAAAAUUUUGAAUGUUUAUCUGUGCAUAAUUUUGGGGGGGCAAAAGUAUUUUAUAAAAGGAGAAAGAAUAACCUCAUUUUAGAUAUAAUUCUGCUGGAUUUUUAAAUUCCCCUUCCGUAACCAAGAAUGUUUUUAGAAGUUGAAUGUUUAGGAUUUCAGGACUUAAAAUUUGUUUGGGUCUAAAAAAUACAACACAAUGUAAACAUUGCAAAUACCUGCAUUUUUGUUUUCUCAGCAGAUGUGACUAAUUUGAAACUUUUGUCAGUUCCUAAGCUGUCCCAUUGCAUUUUAACCAUAGUUUGAAUUGAUCUGAUUAAAUCUGUCUUAAGUUUUCAAACUGUACUUCAGAUUUUAGCAGUAUAUUUUCUCACUUCUAUUUUGAUACAUUAAAGGACUAUAUAAUCUUUUUGAGAUGCUGGAAACAAAUUAUGUGCUUUCUAUGUUCAAUGAAACAACUUGAAAUUAACAUUAGUAUUUUUGAAAACCCCAUUUCCAAUUGGAAAUCUCUUUAAUUUCAAUCAAUUUAGUACUGUAUUAAGUGCACUUGAGUGGAAUUCAGCUAUUUGACAAAUAAAAUGAAUUUAUCAUGUUUGCAAA